CUAUAAAAUCGAGAAAUGGGCGGCAACUCUGAAGUGCUUAACUCAGCUCACACGCCCCUUGCCGAGCUCAGUGCCACUCCGAAGGGCGCGCAACACAACCCAAUGGAGAAGGUUAUCGGAUUACCAAUCAUCGCUUGCAUCGUAAUUGCAAUUUUAGGUGAACGGUUCGUGAAUUUCAGGGCUAGGUUGUGGCCUUCCCGGGAAAUAAAACAAAAUCAUCUUCCUAACUGCCAGCUAAUCCAAGGAAUUGAUCAUGGUUCAGAAGAUAUCACUGUUCUGCCCAAUGGACUGGCUCUGUUUAGUUCAGGAUUAAAAUAUCCAAUGAUGCCAAACUAUGGUUCUGAUGCCCCAGGAAACUUAUAUGUAAUGAAUUUAGAAGAAGACACACCAACGUUAAGUGAGCUGAAAAUAAGCCAAGGGUUCGAUUUGAUCUCAUUCAAUCCCCAUGGAAUCAGCACUUACAUUGACAAAGAAGAUAACAUGGUGUAUGUAUUUGUCGUCAAUCAUCUUCAUCCACAUUUCACAAGUCAUGUAGAGAUCUUUAAAUUUGUGGAGGAGGACAAGUCUUUAACUCACCUGAAAACGAUCACUCAUGAGUUGCUGACUAAUGUAAAUGAUAUUGUAGCAGUCGGACCAGAAAGUUUCUAUGCAACAAAUGAUCAUUACUUCAAGGAUCAAUCUUUGCGUUUUCUUGAGAAAGUCCUAGGACUGGCAUGGUGCAAUGUGGUCUACUACAGUCCUGAAGAAGUGAAAGUGGUGGGAAAUGGAUUACAUUUUGCUAAUGGCAUAAACCUUUCACCUGAUUCAAAGUAUUUAUAUGUUGCAGACAUUUUUGGAAGCUGCAUUCACAUUUUGGAAGUACAAGAAGAUAAAAACUUGACUCCUGUGAAGGUACUGCACUUGGGAACUUUAGUUGAUAACAUAGAUGUGGACCAGGAAACUGGUGACCUGUGGGUUGGAUGUCAUCCCAAUGGCUGGAAAAUGUUUAAUUAUAAUCCUGAGGUUCCACCUGGGUCUGAGGUUUUGCAGAUAAAGAACAUCCACUCGGAGAAACCCAUGGUUUUUCAGGCAUAUGCAGAUAAUGGUAGUGUGAUUCAAGGAUCCUCCGUUGCUGUACCCUACAAAGGAAGGAAGCUCCUUAUCGGUACAAUCUUUCACAAAGCACUACUCUGUAAUUUAAACCCUCUGCAUUCUGACUAACUUCUAUAUCAAAACGUCGGUAUUACCUAAAACAAACUUGGGGUGCACUUUAAAUAUAUGCUUGGGUCUAAAGAAGCUCAUCAGUACCAGGAAGGAUUUGUCUUUUGCUGACAGUUCAGACUGUUGAGCUAAUGAGUGCAAUUUUUUUAACCACAUUCACAAAGCUUUUAUAAAUAUUUAAAUCCUUAACUUCAUAGAGUUCUCCUUUUUUUUUUUUUUUUUUUCCAAUGCUCAUUUUUCAGUUUAAAAAUUGUGUGCUGUAUUGAUCAAUAAUAAUUUUAAGAUGAACAUAUUUUCAUAAAACAUUAUACAAACAGAA